AUGAGGAGUAUUAUUCUAGUGUUGGCCUUAGCUUUGGCAGCUGUUUCGGCAGUGCCCUUCAAGGAGGCCCAUGACUCCGCCUCUCUGCAGGAACUGGUCAAGGAACUUGGCCUGGACCUGGACUUGAACUUCGACCUGGAUUUGGGACUCAACCUGAACGAUGGAAUGCUGCAGGAGAUGGGCAACGCGGAGCUGGAUGAGUUGGCCUUUGUGAACCGCCUGCUGAGCUUCUUCGUUGACGAAUCGAAGGCCCUGGCCAAGGACAUCAUUCGGCUGACAGAGCGCCAGCUGCUGAAGAUCUUCCUGUACCCCAUCCGGGAGCUGGAGAAGCUGGCCGAGGAUAUCGAGAGGCGGGCCCAGGAUGCCGGCUCGUGUGCCGUCAAUGUGACCACCAAUGCGGCCGAUGUGGUGGCCUCCACCACCGUGGAAUUCCUGGAUUGCGGCUACGUUGCUGCCGUCACCUCCAUCGAACUGGUCACGGACACCAAGAAGGCGGUCCUCCAGCUGACCGUGGAUAGCUAUCAGCUCUACAAGCUGUAUUGCAAGUGCAACAACUACAGCAGCGCCAUAAUGAAAAAACCCUGUGAAGUUAAAUUCUAUGCCAAACUCGCCCUCUUCCUCGGCAAGGCCCCGGGUUCGAUAGCCCAUUUGAUUGGACUCCGGAACAGCGUGCCCGCCGUGGCCACCGAUGCCACCGCCUGCACCACCGAGGCCACCCAGAAUGCCAUCCGGAGAUUCGAUGCGCUCAACGAAGCCCUGGACGCGUGUGCCGCCCACUGAAGGCUCUGCCCUAUAAAAUUGAUAUUAAAUCAGUUUCAUAAUGCAGCCUGAACUGGAGAAAAAUAACACUAGGGGUAUGCCGAAAACAAAGCUUUUCACUUAAAUCAAGAUGUCAUCACUGAAAUUUUAAAUGAUAAUUGCCAAGGAUAUACCAAAAAUAAAUU